AUGACUUUUCGUCUGCUCCGGGCGGCCCGCUUUGCUGGCCGGACGAGCGCCGUCCGGUGGAGUGCACUGGCGGUGACAGCCGGAUCAGCAUCCCUGCUGAAGAAGCCCUCCUAUGCUCCAGCGUCCUGCCAGGGAGAGAAGCCUUGGGAGCAACUGCGAGCCGUGCUGCCCGACAGUGAGCCAGGGUUGGCAGUAGAACUCGCUUGCUGCGCGUCAAUGGCACGGACGAUUGAUGCAGAUGUGGUUCAUGGAUUCAUCACCCUGCAUGAUUUGGAAGGCUUGCGAGCAUUCGCACCACUCCACUUUGACUGGUCUCAGCCUCUGGGGGAAGACCAACUACCGGCGCUCGUUUACUUGGUUGCCCCUGAAACCCUGUGUCAGCCAGCUGCUCAACACAAUCAUAACCUCGAGAUGGUGGAAUGGCUCCUGAAGGUCGGAGCUGAUCCGCAACAGAGGGUCAGGGACGAUGUCGAAAAAAUAUACGGGCUUCAAAAACGGAGCAACCCAGAAGAAACGAAGAUCUCGUUCAACUGUCGUGGGCAAUCAGCCCUUUCACUGUGUUUUGCAUGGCUUCGGGAAAUGCAAAAGUGCCGGGGUAAUGCGGAGUGGACAACGGAAGAGCAAUACCUGAAACAACUCCUUCCUCUGUUUUCGCGCUCAUCCUCCCACGAGACCCGCCACGGUACAGACGUUGCCGUGCCUCAGAGUAUCGUAGACUUGUGGGAGUCCAUGCGGGACUUGACCGCCUCGCACAACGUGAUCUUCGAGAGUUCAGACGGAGAGGUGGCGGCGAACGAGCACAUCCUCACCGUUGCUUCUCCGGUCUUGAAGGCGAUGCUGGAGUCUGCAAUGACGGAGGGCACGAGCAGGCGCAUUCAAGUCAAGGAUUCCCCGUCCUCCGGCAUCUCGCUCUUCCUGGAUGUUCUGUACACGAGCUCCACCCGCGAAGACCCCGACCAUAAGACCGUUCUUGCUGCCGUGGACUUGGCGCACCGCUGGCAGGUGCAUAGCGUUGUGCAGAUCUUAUGCACUGCACUGCAUGGCAUGAUCGAUGCCAACAGCUUCGUGGCUAUCGCAGAGGCUGCAGUGCUGAAGGGUCUGGAGACGCUGGUGAGAGCAUGUGCCUCCUUCGGCUCCACAGAUGAGCAGGUGCAGGCGAUGCUCAAGAAAGGCGAUCUCCCGGUGGCUGUUCGGAAGCUGUUGAGGAAGCCUGAGCAUGACGGUGCUGACGAGAGAGAGCUCAAGAAGCGGCGGCGGUUCCGGCCUUCAUGA